AUGGAGACUCCAAAACGAACAGCAACAACGAUAACACUCUCCGAAGCUUCGGCGACAUUGGCUGAAUCAGCCGGUGGCCUUGCAUUCGAAGUCAAGAUCGCUGAAUCACCGCGACACAAUGCCAAUAUUCUUCCACCAGCACAUUUUCUUUCUCCAAGUGCCAAAGGAAAUCAAGUCGACUCGGCUAUACCAUUGACUCCUGAAAGCAUAACGGAAAAAUUAAAACGUGCUGAAGAGCGUCGUCUUAGUUUGGAACAACUUCGUGCAACAUUACUUGCUGCUGAAAAUAAUCGUCCAAAUGAGAUCAGUAAAAUCAAGGAUCAACAAGCUGAAGAAUUUAAAAAGCAAACCGAGGAAAAGUUGCAGAAAAAACUCGAAUCAGCUAAGGAAAAUCGGGAACGUGUCUUACUAGCGAAAGUUGAAAAAGCGAAAGCACCGAUCGAAAAAGGUCUCGCUACUGUUCAACAAAACUUAGCUAAACUCGAAGAAGAACGACAAUUGUUACAAGAAAAGAUCAAUCAAAAACUGAACACGGCUGAAACAAAUCGACAAGAACAAUUAGAUCGUCUAAUGGAGAAACUUAACGAACAUGAUAAAAAGAUUGAAGCAGUUAAAAGUCAAGCAAAAGCAGAAGCUCUUUUGGCUGAAGAAACAGUUUAA